GAAUUGAUCGUGCAUGAACGACGCACCUGUGUCGGUCCGUGUCCGAUGUGAAUCUUUGUGCGCAAGUCCCGGAAAGUACCCGCCUCGAGUGAUCCUUCCAGUGCUCGCAAUGUGAACUGAGGGGGAAGCGAAACCCCGUUAGUUAGAUGAUCCUUGAAGCGAUUGAUUGUUGAAUAGUUUUUUGUUUUGUUCACGCAAGAAGAGAUGUGAUGGUUGCGAAGAUUUCGGAAGCGAUGCGAUUUCGCUUGAAGUGCCUUUGAAGAGAGUGAUUGAGUACUCCUACCGAAAGGGGGAUGGAACAAGUGGUUGUGAACCGAUCAACGGCUGGUGGGAAAGCCAAGAUGGAGGCUGUGGUUUAAGUUGUUUUCGAAAAAAAUGGAAAAGAGUUUAUCGAAGAUUAUGUCGACUUGCAAAGUGGUUGGUAGCUGCAGCACGUGAAUCGAGGUUAAGGAAGUACUCAAGGUGCAUCAUCGGAGAAGAGCCUUACACUGGAGUGCGGUGAGUGGUACGAAUUCCUAGUGCAAAAGCUUUCUUCAGUGUCCUCCAGAAGUGACCAAAAAUAAACGAAAGAGCUCAACAGCGAUAAAAUUCAAUGCAUGUUGGUGGUCUACGCUUCAAGCGGAGCAAGGUGGUUACGAAAACGAGCUGCCCGUCGGAGUGUAGUUAAUCGAAUUGAAAAGGAUUAAAGUUUAAAAUUGAGACCCGACGUAGCGCUGCAAUUGUGCAAAACACACUAAAUGAGAUAAAUUACGCACCGCACGUCACUUGGGAAACGACCCAGCAUAGUGAUAAAUUUAAAACGAAUAAGCAUAAACCAGAAAAUAAGUGUCCCGUGGUAAAUGGAAGUUGUGAAUUAAGGUGCCGAGACAAAGGCAUAAAAUAAAGGAUCAAGUCGGCUGGAUAUUGAAAUUAAAUCAUUCCCAAUUUGGAUUACAAUUAUUGGAUUACGUACCCGAACGGGUGAAAUCGGUGGAAGAGUUGUCCUACGAACGCCGUGACAACUGAGUGGCUGUGUUGUUUACUUUAAUAAUUGAACUUCAUCGCGCACGGCAUGGCCUGUGCGGUGCUUGUUUGCCGUAUUUAAACUAACGCGGUGACGGAGACUGAGCGGAUACAACAUCAACAGCAGCAGCAGCAGCAGAGUUUAUAAUAAACAACGCUACGAAAUUCGCGCAUUCGAAGGCGCAAGUAGUGCAAAUCAGAUUGUCGAUAACGGUCGGAUUGUUAACACACAUAUCAAGACAGAAUGCCUACCGAAGGAGUACUCGACGAUCAUGGGAUCGCUACAAUGUCACGUCCGUCACGGAUUGACCAGUUCCUUGCCGGAAUGGGUGGAGGAGCCGGUGGCGGCAAUGCACCAUCGUCGCCCACCAUUCGAGGGACGUCCGGUGGGUCUGCGUCGGCCAGCGGGGGAAGCCAGUCGGCUUCCUCUUCCCGAUCGAGCUUCGACGGCCAAUUGGGAGGCUUUCAACCACCACCACACAUGAUGAACCCUGCCGCUCAGCACCACGGAAGGGAAAGUUCCGCGUUUGUUCCAGUGUUGCCAUCACGAUCGCUGAGGCCCGGUCUUUAUCCCGGUAUGCUGGACGGACCUGACGGAAUGCCGAAGGAUGGUGUGCCCAAACGUGGAUCCAGCUACGAACUGAUGGCUAUGAUGGCCGAUAAGAGGAAAGAAUUGGCCUUGAGGGAAGCUGCCGCUGCAAUGCUACUGCCAAGACCCGGUGGACCACCAGUGCAAUCUCCCGGAGGUAUGUACCCGCCGGGUGCCUUUCUUGGUGGUCCAGGGCCAUCCCCUACGUCUGCGGGUACCUUUACGUUUCCACCGGCCGGAGUUGGUCUCUAUCCUCCUGGUGUUCCUGCCGGUAUGCAUCCCGGACUAGAUCGAAGACUGCUGCGAGCUCCCGGACGGGCAUCGCGCCCCAAGAAGCAAUUCAUCUGCAAAUUCUGCAACCGACAGUUCACCAAGUCCUACAACCUGUUGAUCCACGAGCGAACGCACACCGACGAGCGGCCGUACUCGUGUGAUAUCUGUGGGAAAGCCUUCCGGCGGCAGGACCAUCUACGAGACCACAGAUACAUCCACUCCAAGGAAAAGCCAUUCAAAUGUACCGAGUGUGGCAAGGGUUUCUGCCAGUCGCGCACGCUGGCCGUGCACAAGAUUCUGCACAUGGAGGAAUCGCCGCACAAAUGUCCGGUGUGCAAUCGCAGUUUCAAUCAGCGCUCGAACCUGAAAACGCAUCUGCUGACCCAUACGGACCACAAACCGUACGAGUGCAACUCCUGUGGAAAGGUUUUCCGCAGAAACUGCGACCUGAGGCGACAUGCAUUGACGCACACGGUUGGCGAUGUGCCCCCAGAGUCGUUGGAUGUUGGCGACGACGAUAACAACCUCAGUGGAGACGAAGAUGAAUCGGUGCUGGAAGUUGACUCGCCGGUUAAUUCCCCGGCCGGUAGGAAUCGCUCGCCGUCCCCUCCACUCGAUAUGCCAGUUUCGGCUGAACUGGAUGACGACGACUAUCUCGAUGAGAAUGAAGACGGAAACGAAGAAGAUGAAACGAUCAGCGUGGCAGGUCAUGAACCUGAUCCAACACCAGUAGUCCAGUGCCAUCAUGAACGACCGAUUGGGUCCAGAAGUCCAUACACAAUGCGUCCACAGUAUGACUAUGGAAGCAGGUCUUCAACUUCCUCUCAGUCAUCUCAACACUCUCAACCGAUCCUGAGCCCGAACGGUGAAGACCUUUCAACUAGUAGUGGCCCUGGACCUGUUCCCCAACAGCACCCGCAUGACAUGUUCAUUCCAAUGCUUCAUGUACGCAGAGACCUCCAUCACAAGGUUGGAUUGAUAGGCCGAGCAUCUGCAACCAUCACGAGCGGUCUCUUGGAACCCGGUGGACCAUUCUUCGGUCAUAUCCCCUUAAGAAAACGAGCAAUGGGUCCUGAUGGCGAACCCUACCCAAUCAUGGGUCGACCGAUUCUAUCCUCCCAUAUCCCGCCAGCCAUGAUCAAUCAACGGCCCAUGAUGAAACCUCCGGACGAGUCCCACAAACCGCCAUCCCGCCCAUCCGAUUCCCCGCACGAGCCCAUUCCAAUGAUUUCUCCAUCCGUACCUUCAUCUCCGAACCUUUUGUCACCGCAUGUCAACCUACCGCCCCCACCAUCUCAGUCCCAACACCCAAUGAAUCUCGUUAAUCUUUCAAAUCUACCACCACCCAUAGCCCAUUCCCCGCCAAAUCCGUCCGGUUGUCCAUCGCAGCCAUCUACCUCUAGCCAACCACCUCCUCCCCAAUCAGCAUCCUCUUCCACUGCCACCCGGCAGUCACAACAGUCUCCGGCUGCUCAACCACCUCAACCACCUACCGGAGCAGCGCCACCUCCUCGUAAGACCGGCUUUAGCAUAGAGGACAUCAUGCGCCGCUAGUACCUAUGAUCUACUACAAACAUAAAUGCGUUGAGACCGAAAGAAAGCCCCUCCGGUCGGAUCCAAUCCGAUCAAUCAAUCAAACUACGGUUAAUUAAUGCUAAUGAAUUCUACAAAUGUACAAAAAAGCAGCAGCAACAAAAACAGCAAUGACGAGAACAAAGUUGGUUUAGUGGAACGUGGAAAUGAGACGGGGACGAGUAAGUGUGUGCACGACUGUGAGGAGGGUGUCUUCAAGGUUUCUCCCGCCACCACACAUGAGGGCUUUGGUCGGAAGCAUUGGCCCAGUUUGCACGCCGGUCGGAACCGGGAGGGAAGCGUAAAAAAAAGUGACAAUGCUAAUCAAUGCCCCACAUUUCGCUCACCAUUAUUGAUGAUUUCCUUCCGAAUAGAAUGUGACCAGCAAUGACUUGGGUGAGCUAAUGUAGGGGCGUAAUUAUGUCGAUAAUAGUACGGGCUGGCAGGACUGGUGGUUAUUAAGAUAAGUGGAUCGAUGGGUGGUCAAAUGCUUCUUGAACAUUUAUUGUCAUACAUUUUAAAAUCAUAUUGCUCGUUUGUAAUGCAAACUAUUAUUUAUCUUCAACCACAUAAACAAAUUUAAUUCAUUCGUCCUAAUAGUGAAAAUCUUCAAGUUUUUAGUCCAAAAUUAGCCCAUUAAAUGCAUUUGUCUGUCACCUGCUAAAAAGCUACCUAAAAUUGAUCUAAAACAGAAGCUACUAAAGUGACAUUGGCUCGUCACUCAAAUUUAUUUUUUGUACGUCUCAAGAUGGGUAAAGCAUAGGGCGCAUCUGUUAACAGUAUUUCGAAACAUUAGACGCAUGACCACUUCUAUAGCUAUAGAAAGAAAGGAAAAUUCUCAGCCAACCACAAGAUCCAUUAUAUCUUCCAGUUCUUUUGCCUGUUCUCAGACUUGUGGGAUUCACUGGAAAUCCAAUACUUCCGGACAAGUUUACGAUUACGGGGGGCAUUGGAAACGAAAGAAGCACGCUCCGUCACUUCACACCUACCUAUCUUUCCACGAGCAAAAGGCAAACAAUAUUAAUACAGAAACCAAUCUAUGAUGCAACUGUGUCUCAGUUAAGUUUUGAAAGUGAAAAGUAAAAGAUGUUUUAUAAGCAAAACCAGAUGCAAGAGUCGACACAAAGUGUUGGUGUAUAAUUUCAUAUUAUUUUAUACCUACAUAGUAGUUUAAAUUGUUGUUAUUCCUCCGAGCAACGAAGCCGACAUAGAACUGAAUGAGAGUGUAAUUGAAGCGGAGUGACUUACAUACUGCAUAGUUUCGUGCGAGAUACAAAAAAAAAAUCUAAAGUGUGAACGGAGAGGAACCCCCUGAAUCGAAAUACGAUAGUUUUCUAAGGAUUAUGUCCCAGCUCAAGGAGCGGCAAGCUUUCUGCCGCGAGUAGUGUUCAAACAGCAACGCACGAGAGGGGAAUUGAAACAAAUAAACAACUAAGUUUGUUUUUGCAGUUAGGGUUGGUUAGAACACAUUGUACAGGUUGAACAGUGAAAAAGGAUCUGAAGAAGCGAAGCAAAAUGAAAGACAGUGUUAGUGAUAUACGAUAAGGAUAUAUGGUUUGAUCUGCAUCGAGCGAGGAAUUCUUACAAGUUGGUUCCGGUAGUUGCUAGAUUUCAUGUUUCAUUCUCUGUUUGUUUUUAAGUUGUAGGAUCGUUGCCGCUAAGUUCUGUUCCGUAAAGAGUGUGUAUGGCAUCAUUUCAUGUACAUUUGCCAUCGUUAAUUUAACGCAGUAUACUUAACUAGGUGGUAAGAAAUAGGGCUAAGGCAGUCUGUAGGACAAAUCGAACGAAAUCUCAGAUCGGCAUCAUCAUGCUAUGCAGACAAGUUAAUUGUGAUUCAUUCUAAGCGGUAAUAUUUCAUUCCACACGUCCAAACUGGAAUCCAUAGCGUAAGUGGCCGAUUGUACUUCUCCCAUAUGGGACCAAUUUUGUGAAAUAUAAAUAAAGAGAACUAAAUUUAUUUUGAAUAUAAAAAUAA